GCCUAGGCAAAGCCUAGAGUUGGGCCACAAGGCCAGCUGGCAGUGCUGGACAAGGUCAGUUAUGCCAGUGUUCCAUCGCCAUGGAAACAACCCACUUUCCAACGAUGCCCGGUGGUUGUCAGCCAACUGUAGCUUCCUGUGCAUUUUCUACAGCCUCUCCUCUGGUCAUCACGGAGGUGUGCCAGGCAAGAGUUGGGGGAUAAGAGAGGCAAAAUCAUAGCACCCAGUGUCUAGAACCCGACCCCUUAGCCCAAGAUGCCACCAAAGAAGAAAAACACCAAACCGAAGAAGAAAGCCAAGAAGAAAGCCAAGGAUGCAGCCAAGGGGCAAACAAGUUCUUUGCCAUACGUCAGUGAGAGGGAGAUAUACCUGCAGAAGGAAUUUGAAACCUUGACAGAGCACAUCAAAACAUACACUCAGCGUGUGAGGAACUUUCAGUGGGAAAACGAGUUCCUGGACAAGGAAGCCCAAAAGAUCCGAGAUAUCAACAAAGUCUACAUCUCCUACAUAAACAGACGCACCCUCCGCAACCAGAACGCCAUCAUUUCUCUGAAUGACCAGAAUCUCUCAGACUUAAUCCAGAUCCGGAAGCAGAAGGCAAAGCUGACGACUGAGUACCAGGAAAAGGAGAGGGAUGUGAGGUCCCAGCUGAUAGAGAUGGAGACAAAGCUCUCCCUCGUGAACAAGGAAAUUGAAGCACUGCAGCCUUACCAGGAGCUGCAAUUCCAGCAGCUGACGCGAAUCCGGGACCUGGAGAAGGAGCUGCUGGUCAUGAAAGUGCUGCACACGGAGCAAAUGCACAAGCUCAAGAGUGAACAUGUACAGCAGGUGACAGACUAUGAGAUGCAAGCUCAGCUGAGGAUCCAGGCUCUGGCGAGGCUGGCUGAAAAGGAAGCAGUGCGCAGCCUCAUCCGGCACACUAAGCAGGUGAAAGCUGACAACCGGCGCCUGCGUCAUGAGCUUGUGGACCUCAUCAGAGAGGCCAAAGUGCUGAAAUCCAUUGUGCUCCACCUGAAGGCGCAGCAGCAGUUGCUGCUGCGAGAGCACCAGUACAGGCAAGACCUUGCCCGCUUGCGCAGGUGGCUUAGGCAUCGAGGGGCUCGGCUGCUCAUCCCCAGUGGCACCAGCUUCAGAUGUACCACACCGGUUAGGAGCAGAGUCAUUGCCACGCAGGAAAUCAGCUCCAGGUUUCUCACAGGCGGGGAACAGGUCCCAAGGUUGCAGCCAGGUGUCCAAGAGGCUCAAGAGAGCUUGCCAUUACUUACGAUUCCCAGUGCCUCACUCCCUACAAAAUACCAGUGAGCUGGAGCUGGAGAUUGCAGCUUCCUGUUUCUCCUGCUUUCACUACCAAGAAGGUAUAUGGAUAAGGUAACAUACCCCUUAAACAUGUUCCAGGGUCAGUCCUGUGCUGCAGGCAGUCCAGUCAUACAAGGUGCAUCUCAUGCCAACCAGGGUCCUCUUCCACAGAGCCAGCUAAGCCCCAGGCCCUGUGCAGCUGCUAAGCAUCCCUCACAUUGCCUCGAGAUGACACCCUUGGUCCCAGCACCUGGCCCCAGGGCUGAGUUGUCCCACUGCUACCAGGCAAGCACCCGGAGGGAUUGUGACUGCUGCUGAUUCCCAGGUCAACGGCCAAGUCAAGAUGGCAACAGAAAGGGGCAGAAGCAGUGCCAGGCACACAGCCCUCCUGUCAGCAGGGGAGGGCAGCAACAUCGCUGGUCUUUGUGCAGAGUUUUAAAUGUUUAGCUUGUUGGUUGUCUUAGUGUUAUUUUUGUUCUUACUGUUUUGUUCUUGUUGUAAGUUUCCUUGGGAAUUUUUGUGCUAAAGUGUGACACAGAAAUAUAUAAAAUAAAUGUCACUUUCCCAGCCUCUGUCUCCUUGGUGACACAUUGAUGGACACCUAGUCUGGUUAGGGAAAGGAUCUCAGAAACAGCUUUGACUCAGUAGUGCCGGUGUUCAAGUGUGCCUACUCCCAAACACAGAGGCUUACUUCUGAUAGCACACGCCCAGGCC